AUGGGUGAGAGUUUGUGGGGAAGUGAUGGUGAAAUCCAGAAGUUACUCGAAUAUAAGGGCAUCGAUACCACCGAAACAAAGCCCCUAUACAUUUCAAUGACUUCUAAUGCUGGCGUCGUUGAAACUUGGGUGAUGCUGGAAGCGGGCUCGCCGACAGUCUUCUACCUCUACCAGCCGGAUGAUGAUGGUCUGUAUCGGAUCAAUCAACCAGAUAAUUUAGCCGAGAUUGUGAAGCGCAUCAACGACGGGAUUGGAGGGUUGGGACUCCUCGAGAAAGAGGAUAUAUCAUAG